CCUCGAUAGAAAUGGCCGUGGAGCCUAUUUCCGUCACGGUAGACACGGGGGAUGAUACGUCGCUGUGUUUUCCAGUGGUCUUAAAGAAAAUCAUGGAAAUACCCCCACCGAAUGUUCUCGAGGGCGACGACGGUAAGUGUCUCAGCACCGCUCGCGGCUGCACUUCCUGAGGUCGGCGCGCGCUGCUCUGCCAAAUUGUUGUUGACUAAUGCAUCCUAUAUGUUAACAACAACAUCACGAAUCGUCGCCUCUUUAUGUAAAUAGAGAUCCUGUCUUCGCUUUAUUUAUAACUUGCUCUGUGGCACGUGAUGCCCAACAAUUGCAAGCUCGAAAAACGGGAUGGAACUGAUACAGCUCGUUUUGUGUCUUAUACGUUUGUUGGAAAUCUAAAUACGAGUUUAAAAUCUCAUUAACACUAUUUUCUCAGAAAAUGACAAGGACAAGCUCUUGGGAGAGGUUGUUGACUCUGGAGGGGUCAGUGGAAUGGGGCCAUCAGCCGCCUUAACACCUGCCAUCUGGGACAAGACCAUUCCCUAUGAUGGUGAAACUUUCCACCUGGAAUACAUGGAUCUGGAAGAAUUUCUGAUUGAGAAUGGCAUUCCUGCCACAGGGGAUGAGGGUCAGCAAAAGAGUCUUGCAAAGGAAAACUCAAAUGAAAAGCUAUCCACAACCCCAACAAUGAAGACCACAGCAGCCCCGGUCUCUCUCAUGCCUGUCAUGGAACUGGAUCAGUGUGAGGAGGAUGUGGUCACAGUCACAACAUCGAGCUCUGGCUCAACAGACUGCGAAUCAGACAUGGACCGUGUGACACCAGAUCCCAUUAAUCCAGAUGAUAUUGAAAUAGAGGUCAACUUUGAGCCGGAUCCCACAGACCUUGUUCUCUCCAGCGUACCUGGAGGUGAACUGUUUGAUCCACGUAAACAUCGUUUCUCUGAGGAGGAACUGAAACCACAGCCUAUGAUCAAGAAAGCCAAGAAAGUAUUUGUGCCUGAGGAGCAGAAGGAUGAGAAAUAUUGGCAGCGGAGGAAGAAGAAUAAUAUUGCAGCCAAACGUUCACGGGAUGCCAGGCGCCUUAAGGAGAACCAGAUUACGGUACGAGCAGCCUUUCUGGAGCGAGAAAACACAGCGCUGAGGCUGGAAGUGGCGGAGCUGCGCAAGGACUUUGGGCGCUGCAAGAAUGUUGUGGCCCACUACGAAGCAAAAUACGGACCACUUGAUCCAGCUGAAGACCUCUAAAAAAUUUAUUUAUCUGCAUUGUUUAAAGGAAAUAAAUUAAUAAUGGUGUUGAGUAUGGAGGGCUGGAUAGUCAGGGUAAUCAGAAGAUGAUGAUGAUGAUGAUGAUGAAGUGGAGAAGACUGGAGAUAAGUGAAUGAAUGAUUCAGUUGGUAGAACUAGGUGAUAUUCAUAUGCCUAUACUGAGGAAUCCUGUCAACCACUCCUAUAAUUUAAGCUAGCAUUCAGUGCAACUGAAUGUUGUCAUUAGUGCAGAUACACCUUAUUCACGCUAGCACCAUCUUUGAUUUUUAAUGGGAAUGACAACAAGGCUGUGAGGGAUAGAUGUAUAGUCUCUUCAAUGGGCUGUACUGCAGUUUAAAGUGUUUUUGGAUUGUUCCACGGACAAAACAUUGAUAAAAUAUCUGUCCAAGAACAUUCAGUAUACAAAGAACUCCAGACAACAUGAGUUGUGAAAAACAAAUCAGAUGUGAUCUUGGAGCUUUAUACAGCUUUAUACUGUUUGUGCCACUGAAAAGAUGGUAAGUCUGUCCCUCACAGCCUCGUCAUUUCAAAGAUGCCACUAGUGUGAAUAAGGUUUAUAAGCAUGGUAACCUGUCCUAACUGUAAACAGGAAUUGUUUUUGUGCAGAAAAUUUGACAGUUUGUGUCAGUCAUCAAGUGCUAGUGUUUAGCAGAAAAUGUAUUGAUAUGUGCAUUGUAUUUCUGCAAAACUUACAAAAAAUAUGGACAUUUCUUGUCUUUUAUAGUCUACAUUGUCUUUUAAGAUCAUUAGCAGUACAACAUCAGGUAAAUUUACAUGUGACAGAUCUAGUUUUCUCUGCUCAGAACUGAGCAAAACAAAUUCAGUGCUGAAAUAGUUUUUUAUAUAUAUAUAUAUAUAUAUAUAUAUAUAUAUAUUCAUCAUAUAUAUUUUUUCAGAUAACUUCUUAUAUUUUACAAAAAUAAGUCUAUGGCUUCGCAUGGGCAGUGUGAACAAGACAAUUCUUAGCUCAGUGUCACUCUGAUCCGUAAGUGUCUUUAGCUGGUUUACAUAUCAGCAACCAAACUCAAACCUCUUGUAAAGCAAUCAACCCUGGCUUGCAAAUUUACUGUAUCUUUAGUCAUUUAUUUCUCUGUAACUAGUCCUUUUGAAACAUGAACACAUCAGGGAAGGAAGAUAAAGGUUAAAUUCCUAAGUCAUACAAAACGGCAAAUAUUGCAUGCAUUAGUGAAGUGGAAGUUAGGCCAACAUGUAUUAUCAUUUAUCACCACGUUUUCGUUUGGCAACAAACUCAGUAACUCAGCUGUGACCAGAUUUGUAAAAUGCCUGUUUUUUUGGGGUGGGGUGGUCUAAACUUUGAUCUAAACGCUGAAGAAAAGUACAUUUCCCACAACUAGAACACAAUGAAUUCUUCACUUUAAUGAGGUGUCUCCUUGAGCUUCCAUUCUGAAAAGUGAGAAAUGUAAGUGGGAGGGAUGAGAAAAUGGGGCUCGAUGGCUGUUCUGAAAGAAAUUUUAUCACAGUGACACAUUCUGACAUUGUUUUAGUUGUCUUGUGUCCCAAGUAAGUACCUUCCUGGCACAAAGUGUUUCUUUUGUUUAAAUAGGAGAGAACUCUUGUUUAUAGGAUGCCAACUUUGUUGCAGAAACAAAUCUCUGUUUUGUCAUAUUUUAAUGUUUUGCUUGUUGUUACUGUUCUUUUGGGAAGAAAGAAUUUUCUUUUGAAGUGCUAUAUAUAUAUAUAAGCCUCUUUAUUGUUUCAUGUUGUACAUAUUAUUAAAGACCUCAAAAAUG